AUGGUGUGUGGCUCUCGGGCAGUGGAGCUGCCAGGAGGAUGUGCCCAGGAGAAGGGAGUCUUCCCCUACCUCAGUGGGCUGGCCCUCAUCACCAUGGGGCCUCAGCAUGGGGCGCUGUCACCCACCCAGCUGGCUCUCACCACACCCUCCACCCCGCCCCGGCAGGACCAAGUGCUUGUGCUGUGUGGCCCAGAGCCGGGCCACGGGGCAGCCAGCCAUGAGCCUGUGCAGGAGCCGCGUGGGCACCCCUGUCUGUGCUGCCGUGUCCUGCACCAGGACUGUGUGGACGGGCAGACCCUGGGCCAGCUGCACCCCCUGACAGAGGAGGCUGCAGAGGAGGAGACAGGAGCCACCUCACUUGCAAGGCCCUCUCUCCCUGGCAUGGGCUCUGAGGAGCUGCUGCUGGCCUCCUUCUGCAACUGGCCCCUGACUGCCGGGGUUCAGCUUGAGCUACUGGCCGCUGCUGGCUUCUUCCACACAGGUCAGCAGGACAGGGUGAGGUGCCUCUUCUGCUAUGGGGCCCUGCAGAGCUGGGAGCAUGGGGACGAUCGGACCGAGCAUACCAGGUGGUUCCCCAGGUGCCAAUUCCUGCUGCGGUCCAAAGGAAGGAGCUUCGUCCACCGUGUCCAAGAAGCCUGUCACCCUCUGCUCAGCUCCUGGGGCCACUGGGAAGAACCGGAAGACUCGGUCCAGCCCCUGCUGCGCCCUCAGAGACAGCAGGGAGCCAGGUGCUGCCAAGGUCCCCCUGGGGCGGGGACUGGGGUGGGUCCACCCUCCCACAGCUCGGGCACCUCAGGAGGGAGGACACAGGGCCCCUGUGGGGGCUGUGGAUCCCAGUCUCCUGCCCGCCACGCCUGUCCCCCUCGAGGAGGCAGCCGAGCCCAGCCCCUGAGCAUGCUGGUGGGUUCUCAAGCCCCAGGAGCUGGGGACACGCAGGAACAGCUGCGGCGGCUGCAGGAGGAGAGGAGGUGCAAGGUGUGCUUGGACUGCUCCGGGUCGGUUGUCUUCGUGCCCUGCGGCCACCUGGUCUGCGCGUGUGCCCCUAGCCUGCAGCUGUGCCCCAUCUGCAGGGCACCUGACCGCAGCUGUGUGCACACCUUCCUGUACUAG